AUGCCUUGGUUUUCGAAAAGAGAAGAAGUGCUGAUAGCACCAGAUAAAUCAGCCCGUGUCAAAUGCUGGGAAAAGCGUGACCGUUUUUUCCAAUGUCUUGGUGAAAAUUACAUAGACAAUUCAUUAGAUCCUAAAGAAUUGCCCAAAGUGAAUGAGAAAUGUGGCGACAUCAAGAAGGAAUUUGAGCAAGAUUGCGUUAGCAGUUGGGUGAAAUACUUCCAGGAGAAGAGGUACAAUGAUUUAGUUAGACAGAGGUACAUUGCGAAAUUGGAAAGUGAGGGUGCUCAACCAUUACCAUUCAAAAUUGAAAGUAUAAAGAAAUGA